AUGAGGCGGCGACGGGAGCGAACGCCCCGGGAGAAGGUGGCAGCAGCGGCUGCCCCCGAGGAGGAGGCGAGGAACGUGGCGAGGAAGGGCGAGCAGGGCGCAGAGGAGUACCAGUGCAGCGGCCUCCUGGAGCAGGACCUGGCCGAGCUCUGCGCCCGCGCUGGCAUCGCCGCCGUCCCCGCGGUCACCCCGCGGCCGUCCCCUGCUGGCCCUGCAGCCGCGGAGGGCGAGGAACCGGCGGGGCCGGAGACCCGCACCCAGCGCCGGCACGGCCACGUCCAGCGCUGCGUCCAGGUGGAGACGGAGCACGACGACCCCCGGAGCGUCCGCGAGGUCUUCGUGCGAGGCUGGAACAUCGAGGAGGAGAUGCUGGGCGUCCUCGGCAAGUGCCUGCCCGCCCUCGCCCACCUGCGGGCCGUGCACCUCUGGAGGGCUGGGCUGACCGACCGCCUGCUCCCUGCGCUGACCAUGCUGCUGGCACGCUGCCCCGGCCUCGGGACGCUCAGCCUGGAGGGGAACCCCUUGCCGGAGCACUCCUUCCACCUGCUGAUGGGGCCCGGCAGCACGCUGUCCCACCUCUCGCUGCGCAACAACGGCAUCGGCGACGAGGCCGCCCGGCUCAUCGGGCAGAGCCUCUCCACCCUCAGCUCCUCCAACCGCAGCCUGGUCUCGCUGGUCCUCAGCUUCAACCACAUCUCGGACGUGGGAGCGGGGCACAUCGCCCAGGUGGGGGCUGCGGGGUUGGCGACCCAUCCUGUGCCCCCCCAGGGCUUGCGCUGGAACCGCUCGCUGCUGUCGCUCUCCCUGGCGCACAACGACAUUGGGGAUGCGGGGGCCCUGCGGCUGGCCGAGGUGCUGGGUCCUUUCGCGCUGACGCACGCCGAGGUGGUGGAACGGCGGCGGCUGCUGCUGGCGGAGGCGCUGGGACAGCCCCAGGCGGCGGAGGCCAGGAGCGAGCACGCCCCGAGCCUGCAGGGCAGCGCGGCCGCCGAGAGGCUGCCUCCGGCCAAGCACAACAAGGGCACAGCCAAGAAGAAGGAGCUGCUGCGGAAGGACGACUUGAAGCAGCCCAAGAAGCCCACGACAGCGCCCGCAGACCCCCGGCCCACCCGAGGCCGCGGCGCCAAAGCCGCCAGCAAGGAGAAGCGGAGCGCGGAGGCGCAGGAUCCGGCCGAGCCGUCGCACCCGCUGCUGGAGCCGGCGUGGCACCGCCGGGGGCAGCUCAUCCUGCCGGGGAACCGCGCGCUGCUCAACCUCAACCUGGCCCAUAACCACAUCACAGAGCGGGGCCUGGGCGCCUUCCUGGCCGUGCUGGAGGGGCAGCAGGAGGAGCAGCCGGGGGGGGCCGCGGGGCGGCCGGGGGUGCUGCGCCUCUCGCUGCAGAGGAACGGCUUCCCUCCCACCUGCGAGGCCUUCGCACGGCUCCAGGAGCUGCUGCAGCAGCGCGACCCCGUCCCCAAGCCGCGGGGACGCGAGGAGGAGCAGGGUGCGGCCCCCUAG